AUGUGUUACUUUAUGCAGUGUCUGUCUGCAGACUCUUCAAAACAUGUAACGAGUGAAAAAUGAAGUUGUACUCUGACUUUUUCUAUCUUUCAGAUUCUUCCUCCCCAGGCAGACUUGUCUGUGUUCUUGUCUCACAGAAUUAGAGCCCAUUGGUUGGGAAAAAUGCCAGCACCGUCAGACAUUGUCAAAGUGGCCAUUGAGUGUCUAGAUGCUAAUGCCCAGCUCCUUGAAAUCGACCAGGUACACUCCUGAAGUGAGGAAAGGCACCUAGGGAGUGCAUGGCAGAGGAUAUCUUGAGAGAUGGGGACUACUGGCAUCAAGAGUAAGAACCAUCAAGAGGAAGGCUAAGCUUUGGGCCUGGCCCACCCUAGGGAAGGUCAGUCACCAUGGCUUGGGAGAGGCUUCCUCUUUAACAAAAGCUGUUAGGAAAGAAGUACAUUCUCAUGCCCUGGCUUGACCCUGCUUGGCAGGCUCUCUUGUCUGAACCUUGGCUUGAGUAGGAUGUUGCUGCUAUUGAAGGCUUUUUCUCUUUCUUUCAGAAAUGGCCCCUGGCAUCCAUUAUCAAGGAAGUUUGUGAUAGGCCACCCAAUCCCUUGGGCAACUCUAUUGAAAAGGACUUAUGAGAAGCUUCUGGACAAGACAGUGGCCAAGUGGGAUAUACUGUUUUUCUCUUGCAUAAGUGGUCAUUGCCAAACCCAGAGUAUUACACCCUCCGUCAUGCAGAUGGUCCUCAGCUGUACAUCACCAAACAGCUACAGUGAGAUGCUGGCAUUCACCCUGACUGCCUUCCUAGAGCUCAUGGACCAUGGCAUUGUCUCCUGGGACAUGGUUUCAAUCACCUUUAUUAAGCAGAUUGCAGGGUAUGUGAGCCAGCCCAUGGUGGAUGUGUCAGUCCUUCAGAGGUCCCUGGCCAUCCUGGAGAGCAUAGUCCACACCAGAAGAUACCAGUGUCUGUACCAGAAGAUAGCUGAGGACAUCACCGUGGGACAGCUCAUCUCACACUUCCAGGUGUGUGUAUUGGGUGGAGGAGCAUUAUGUAUGGAACUUCUCACAAAACAGGGCUGAAGCAGUGCCUACUCAAUAGAAUCGGUCAUCGUGCAAAGAGAUGCCACCUGACUGAAAGGCAAAGCCAGAGUGCAGCUUGGAGCAAAGAAGCUGCCUGGUAGGUGACUGGAGGUGUUGAUCAGUGCUUGCUGGGAUUUUGCUGAUGUGGCCCCAACCCCGCCUCCCUCCCCACCCUGCAAUGGCAGAAGAAACUCAACAGAGCAGAUUUGCGGCAGCCAAGGAAAAGUUAAGAGAAUGUUGGCAGAGAAACAGCUCUGGUGUUCCAGGAGGAGCAAAGAGGAACAGGAAAACAAAUGGCAGUAUCUCUGAGACAGCCAAUUCUGGUGAUUGCCACUCACCUGGGGAUUCAGCAACAGGUUUCCACGGGGAGGGCCCUACAUCAUCUGCUACCCUGAAGGAUCUGAAGAGCCCGUGCCAAGAACUAGCAGUAGUCCUGGACUCGAAGUCCGUAAAAAUCAGUCAACUGAAGAAUACCAUCAAAUCUUUGAAGCAACAGAAGAAACAAGUGGAAUAUCAGCUGGAAGAAGAAAAGAAAGCAAGCAACAAGAAACGGAGAGCUGAAAGGGAGCUAGAGGUUCAAAUCCAGAGAUUGAACAUACAGAAAGAGAAACUAAAUUCAGACCUGUAGCACAUGAAACACUCUCGCAGACACUUUGAAGAAGGGUCCAAGGAUCUGGUCAGCCACCUGCAGUGUAGAGGAGAGUUAGAGCAGGCUCUCUGCUGUCGCUGCUACACAGAAGAAGAAGGUGAACAGCGCCAAUUCUCGAGCCGCAGUAAAGCAUGUAUGAAGUGGAAGUUAGAGCAUUCCAUACAGGAGCAGGCACUGCUAAAAGCACAGCUGACACAGUUGAAGGAGUUGCCGAUACAAGUCCAGCUAGAGAAAGAUGAAUUUGCUCAGCAUAUAAAAGGAGAGAGGGCCCGGUGGCAGCAGAGGAUGAGAAAAAUGUCGCAGGAGGUUUGCACAUUGAAGAAGAAGAAGCAUGAUGCUUGUCGGGUAGAGAAGCUGGAAAGGAGCUUGUCCAAACUCAAAAACCAGAGGGCUGAACCCUUGCCCCCGGAGCCCCCAGCAGUGACCUCUGAGGUGGAGCUGCAGCACCUGAGGAAGGAGCUGGAGAGAGUGGCAGGAGAGCUCCAGGCCCAGGUGAAAAACAAUCAGCGCAUAAGUCUCCUGAACCGGGGGCAAAAGGAGAUGCUUUGGGAGCAGGAGGAGAAGCUUCGGGAGCAGGAGGAGAGGCUUCAGCAGCUGGCCAAGCCACAGAGCGUCUUCAAGGAGCUGAACAACGAGAACAAGAGUGCACUGCAGUUGGAACCGCAAGUAAAGGAGCUUCAGAAGCUUGGCGAGGAGCGUCUGGAAGCUGGCCAGCAGAAACAGCAGCUAACGGCCCAGUUGAGCCUCAUGGCUCUCCUUGGGGAAGGAGAUGGAGGAGGACAUCUGGACAGUGAGGGGGAGGAGGCACCUUGGCCCAUGCCGAGCGUCCCAGAGGCCCUGGAGAGCUGGGAGGCCACGAGCGGCCUUAUGGACCUCUUGGAGGAGAAGACAGACCUGAGGGAGUGGGUGGAGAAACUAGAACUUCGAUUCAUUCAGUCCUGGAGAGAGAGAUGCCAUCAUAAAGUUCAUCACCUUAAUACAGAGCCGGGGGGCAGUGCCAAAGAUGCGGCACCGGGAGGAGGACAUCAUCAGGCUGGCCCAGGACAGAAAGGAGAUGAAGGUGAAGCUGCUGAAGCUGCAAGAGAUGAUGUUGCGGCUUGUGGUGACUACAGUGAGGGGCACAGCAAAUUCCUGGCCACUGCCCAGAAUCCUGCUGAUGAGCCCAGUCCAGGAUCCCCAGCCCCCCAGGAGCUUUUAGCUGCCCACAAGCAUGGUGAUCUUUGUGAGGUGAGCCUCACUGACAGUGUGGAGCCUGCGCAAGGAAAGGCCAGGGAGGGUUCUCCCCAAGACAGCCCUACUGCAGAGCCAAUCGUGCAGGACCACCAGGUGCACCCAGGCUUGGGCAGCAACCACUGUGUGCCAUUCUUUUGCUGGGUUUGGCUGCCAAGAAGAAGGAGAUAAACAUCACCAUCAUCAAAGGGCUGAUCAAGAAAUUUUUAAAAAAACAAAGUUAUGGGGUUAAUCUCCUACACAAUUCAUUUACUUCAUUUGAAUGUUACAGCCACUCAUGAUUAUUUGUGUUUCUAAUUUAUAGUUUAAGUUUAUUUGUAAAAAGUUAAGAGUGGGUUUCUGUGGCUUUCACUGA